GACCUACAAAAAUCCCUUCUUCUUCCUCUUCACUUUUUCUCACUUCCCACCAUUAAAAACCUCUCUCUCCUUCUCUCUACUCUCUCCUCAGAAACCUCAAAAACUCAAAAGAGAGAAGAAGAAUCAAAAUCCCACACAAUGGCAACACUCUCAUCUUUCACAGCAACAACACCUCUCCUUGUCAUCGUUCUUCUAUCUCUCUCCUCCGUCUCAGUUCUCGGCGCAUCUCACCACCACGCGGCGGCGCCGGCUCCGUCUGUAGACUGUUCGACUCUCAUUCUCAACAUGGCUGACUGUUUGUCCUUUGUUUCUAGCGGAGGCACGGUGGCGAAACCGGAAGGUACAUGUUGUUCUGGUCUUAAGACGGUGCUUAAAACUGACGCUGAGUGUCUCUGUGAAGCGUUUAAGAGCAGUGCUUCUCUUGGAGUUACUUUGAAUAUCACCAAGGCUUCUACUCUUCCCGCCGCAUGCAAGCUUCACGCUCCUUCUAUCGCUAAUUGUGGAUUGUCUGUUGCUCCAAGUACUGCUCCAGAUAUUUCUCCAGGAGGAGCUGCUGCUGGACCUGAAACAGCCGGAGUUCUAGCUCCAAACCCAUCUCCAGGGAACGAUGGAUCUUCUUUGAUUCCGAUCUCGAUCACAACCUUAUUCAGCGCCGUAUUGUUCGUUUUGUUCUCCUCUAGAGUGUAAUAAAAACCUGAACCUUUUUUCACCAGCUAGAUUUGGCUGUAUGAAAUUGGUUUAGGUUUUUAUUAGAGUUAAAUCUGUGUGUUUUGGAGUGUUCUGUUUUGAGACCAUAUCGGUUUCUCUAUUACAGUAGCUUUUACUCUUUUAGUCUAUGUUAUUACUUUGUGUCGCACAUUGGUCCUUUUGUUCGAUAUCGCUUAUUCCUUCCUCUAUGUUUUCUCUCUA